AUGUAUCAUAUUCAUUUUAUUUAUCCGUUUCUUGAGUUGGUCUACUGCUGCCUCUGCUGCUGCUAUGAUGUUAUGCUGCAAGAGUUGACGUUGAUGCUAAGGUUGCUGUCAGUGCUGCAUAUUUUGUGUUCCAAUUCCAUGCACUUUUUUUAA